AUGACGUGUUUCCGCCACGUCUUUAAAAGCGGAGUUAUUUAGUAAAACCUCCCUCGGUUGGAGGAAUUUGCGCCAAAUAUCUAGGUCAUUAUGAUUUUUAUCAUUUUUUCUAUUAAUCUAACAAAAACAAUCACUCGUUAAAUCGUUUGUACGAUUAUAAGGCGUUCUCCACCCCGCAUCUUUCAGCUGAAGACGUGAAUAUCGAACGCACCCUCGUCAGUGCAGCGACGGUACGUGUGUGCGUCUGCUGACUAGCGUCUGUACGUCCCGGAGGCCCGGGCGGGGAGGAGGAGAAGAGACGAUUCAAAACAGCGAUGGGAGAAGUUUGUGAGAAGAUCUCAUGGCUUUCUGUAGUUUGGCGAUUAAGUAACGUUUUAAUGUCCGUGUUCUUUACUCUGGCUUCCUAUGUGCAGAUCAAUGAUCCAGACGCAGGUUUAUGGGUGGUGGGUUACGCAGUCCCUGCUGUCCUCUGUGUUUUUAUUGGCUUCAGACCUCAGGUCACAGGUAGGAGGAGAGUCUCACACAUGGCACAGAAACUACAUCCUCUUUCCUGCUUCGCACUCUUGAGGAGAAGUCAUUGGACUCUGCACCGCUACAGAACAUGUAUUAGUUGUAACAGCGCCACCUCGUGGCAGACAUGGUGGCAUCACAGCUGGGUUUGUUUGUGGUGUUUAACCCCAGAAACUUCGCCCUGGAGGCGCGUUGCUGAUCUCCACCUGCUGAGCUCCAGCGCUGCUGUCUUCAUGUUAGGAUGGAAACUUUACGCGGAGCGAGUGACGCAGAUCUUCCAGCAGGAGGAGGGCAGAGAAUUUUCCGGUCUUACGUUGACGGCUGUUUGGCUUCUUUUGUGUCGUCGCUCUGGAAGCGCUCCGGUCGGGAAGCUGCGCGUCUCCACAGCUGUGGCCAUCACAGUUUUCCCCAUUGUGGCCUGGCUUUACUACCACAUCAAUGAGGAGCUGCGGUCAGACUGGCCGUCUCACUGUAAAACUGCCCUUUAAAGCAGCUCCACCUGCCAUGACAUACUUUACUUUGUUUAAGGGAGAAAACCUUUGCCAAAGAAGUACUGAUUUUUCUAGAUCAAUUUAUACAUUACAGCAGUCAAAUGUUUCAUUUAUUUGUGAUUACACAAAAAUUAUGUUUAUCUCAAGGUAACUUUUGUCGGAUGUUUUGUCCAAAAGGUGUAAAUAACAAACCUGUAUACAUCUAUUUUUUUUUCCAUCUGCACUAUUUUCUUUUUACUCUGGGUGGCAGCAAAGAGCUCCCAGGCUUAAAAGUGAAGACUGAAGAAUAUUAAAUUAAUCAAUCAAUCAAUCAAUCACAAUAAAAAAUACUAUUCUUUUUG